AACGCUCUUUGUUUUAGAGCAAGUUUUGAACACGUUCCGCCACCUGACGCUCAAGAAAUACCUACAGAAGGCGUCACACCAGAACCCUGCAUCCUUCCUUCCAAUGCAGUGACUCAUCUUUCAUAAAUAGUAGCGAAAAUGCGGAGAUUUUCGACCCAGGGACUGAUAUUUUUCUGUGAACUCGUUUUAGUCUUGCAACUGCAAGCUUUUGCAACGACGCUAAACUUUGAGGUGAAUUCUGGAGAUGCAGAAAAGGGCAGAACUCAGCUUGCGGAAAUCAGAAAGAGGAGCGAGGACCCAAGAUACGGGAGAUGUUGGACCACGGCACUUGCAAGAGUCGAAAGCGGCUGCAAAAGUCUCACAGAUGACCAACAGAGCAGGAUGGCCAUAGCCUUUGCGAACUGCCAUCUUGCGAAGUCGGGAAAGAGAGAUUACGAAUGUAAACCUGGGCAAACCAUACAAGAAUGUACCCAAGAUAUGGACGACUUGGCUUUCUCGACUUACACGGAAUUUUUCACGCAUACGCAAAAUAUCUGCUUCUUUUUGCAAAACCAGGUGUGGCAGGAGAACACAGAGAGAACCGUCUCAAUGUUAGCUGACAAUUCAGACAAAGUGGCUCACAAACUGGAGGUGACAGCAGAGAUGCAGGAGAUGGUCAUUGCUCGACAGAACGCCUCCCUUAAGAAGCAAGAAGACAUCUUGAGACACGAGGAAGCCUUGAGGAAGACCCUGAAGAGUUCCACGGAGAACGUCCAAGCUGCCUUCGAUCAGAUGAAGCAGUCAGCUAGGGAGCAAAGGGCUCUGUUUGGGGAGGUAUUUGGUAGGAUUGAAGACCUCCAGGCCAUGGUUCUAGGAGAGUUUACAGGGUUCUACACUCUAGUCUUCAUCACCCUGUCUGCCAUCAUCAUCUACAUGCUCACCUCCACACCGCGGACCAGCAGUGCUCGCUUCUGGAUGUUCCUCGUUUUACUACUGAACGCUGGGAUGGAGAGACUCAUCGCUAACCGAACAGUACUGGACAGCGAGGGGCAGAAUGCUACUGAGCUUGUGUACGAGCGUCUCUGGUUCUGCCGGAAGUUUUUCUGCAUGGUUGCCAUGACUGUACUGGCUGUGUGUAGUUAUAGGUACAAAGACUACAACAAGAUCAACAAUGACCUUCUCCUGAAGAUAGAACAGCAGAACCAACAGCUCCAAAACGCCCUGUGCAAAAUACAGAAGAGUCCCCUGGGUAUGUUUGCGGGAGGUGGAGAUGGUAAGGAUACAGUGGAUGCAGGGGCGAUAGACUUUGAUAUAUCAGAUGCAGAUGAUGACACCUUCCAUGGAUCUGAUGACAGUGACUCUGAUGAUGGUGAGUCCAGGGCUACGAGCAACAGUCGUAGGACAAGUAGAGCAGGCACUCCAGUUGUGAACAUUGCCACAGGGCUGUUUACACCCAUCCACGCUGACGAAGCUGAUGUGGCCACAGUGAAGGCAGAGGACUUCCAAACCCCCGACAGACCCCCAAGCAGAAACAGUGAAGACAGUGCAAUUGGGUCCGGUCCGGAGCCUGAGCCCGGUCCCUCCUCCCCCAGUGUCAGGCGCAGGAUAGGCCGACCCAAGGGCAGCAGGAACUACAGGGAGAGUACACCCAGCAUUGAUGACAGGGUGGUCAGCCCAGGCGGUCGGUACAACCUUCGCACCAGGAGGACCCCCCAGCCCAACCCCCUAACCACUGAGGAGUCCCCCCGCAGCUUUGCGCGGAAGGUGCACACGCUCGCCCGCAUCGCCAGACACAACAGCCACGUGCUGCGGAUGACUCGCGACGACGGCGACGAACCUGCGGGCGUGGCGCCAAAAUUCUUCUCAUCAGAUGAGGACGACUGAAGUGCAGCUAUCAGUAUCAACCGCAUGUUGUGUUGGAAGGGAUUUGUAUCAUAAGUUUUGGUGCGUUUUGGUGCAAUUUGAAAUUUUUGCCAUUUUUUUGCACAAGGUUGUGUUGCAUGGGAGAUUGAAUGUCUCUACUCUUUCUUGUCCUUCUGCAUUGAAUUGACAUCCCUAGUUUCAUGUUGUACCUAGUACGUUGGCAGUAGUGUUAACAACUUCAAGAAUUCCGUUAUGAAACUUCAAAUGUCCAAUCAUAAGGUGCCGUAAUAGUUGACUCGUACUUUUAUAGAUUUCAUAUUUCAAAAUAUAUAAGAAGUAAUACAAACAGAUGUGGGCCUCUGCUAUGAUAUUGUGCUGGUACAUUGCAUUAUUUAUUGUUUCCUUGCUUUUUAAAGAAUCUGGAGUUGAAGUUUGCAUCACUCCUGCCCAGUGCCUUGUACAUAUUAACUAAAAACAAACACAUUCUGUUUACCAUAAUUCCCAGUAGUGCCUGUGCAUGCUAUGUAGUCAGUUCACAUUGCUGUAUUUUGUGAGUCCUCUUAUUGGUCUUUCCAGAUAUGUUACUUUCAUCCUUCAUUCCUUACAAAUGUGCAAUCUAGAUUUAGCCUUCAAGUACUUAAAUGGGUCCAAUAUUGGUUUAAAAGAACCGUUACAUAGCUAAAAUUCAAGUACAAUGUAUAUGGGAUCAACAAACAACAUUUAUAAGAAGGAAAUGGACUUUUUUGAAAUAGAAAUUUCAGCUGUGUAAGUUUUGUACUGUAAGUGCUUUGAAGUAAAUGACCCUCUCCCACAUUACCAAAUUAUGAGUUAUACUUGAUACUAGUUAUGGCCUCCUAUGUAAAACUUCUCUUUAAUGUAAGUUUGGUGACUAAUUUUGAACAUGUUUCAUUUUUAAGAAGUGGGUUUUGAAACCCAUAACUUUAUCAUGAUUUAAGGUCACUGUGAUGAAAUAUUAUGUCUUUAUAUAGUCAAGAUCACUGCCAAGUAGAUUUGUACUAUGUGUUUUUAUAGUAGUUUGAUAUGUUUGUUGAAAGGGUGGAAUUUGUAAUUUAGUUUGUAUUUACGUUUUGUUUUGUAGUUGAGAACUGUACUUCUGACAUUGAGGUCAUGUUUCUUUUAGAUGUGGACAUUUUGUUUUCAUAUCUUUGGAGCAUUUUUAUACAUUGAGGUAUGCACUAUGAUUCUAUGUAUGAAAUAAAUUUUUCACAAUUUUACCAAACGUGCCUUAAUUAGAUCAGCUAUACUUUAUCAACCUUUUGUAGCUGUCUUUUUAAUGUUCAAUUUAUGGCAAUAAUUAUUUUUUUUCACAUUUUAUCUGACUCUAUAUUCAUUGUUGAGUAGGCAAAUUAGAAAAAAAUGCAUUUUAAGAUACUUAUGCAUCUGCUGCUAUAACAUACUGCAGUAUUCUUUAUACUUUGUGGUCAUGACAAACAUUAACUGGGUAUUGACUCUUGUAUUAAUAUAACAUUAAUGCUUGUUUUAUUAUUGUGAUGGUGGAAAUAAAAUAACAUUUUCCAUUUUG